UGGCUGAGGGACAUGUCAAUCAACCGUCCAGUGACGCCCACUGUGCCAGCGGCUUCCGCUUCAGUGUUCAGACAAGGCUACACACAAUUCCUGCCCAUCUUUCUGAGCUUGCCAACACAUUCAGAGCGCAGUCACUGUAGAGGUAAAUGGUUUGUCUUCAUCAACAAAGCCAAAGAAACAAAGCUCUGAAGAAGAAACUAUCACCUUGUUCCCCAUUAACUUUAUUUGCCCGGUGGUGUUCCUCUCUGGUCAAAACAUCUGCUAAAAAUCUGCACCCAGGCAGACUUUGGGUCCCUCGUCUUGAUAUCUCGCAUUUUUCUUUGCCCCUGGUGACAAUCCAGAGGACACAACCUCUACUGCUCUGCCUUCAGAGGAACUGCUGGGUCGCUACCAAAAGGAAUAUGUGCUAGAGGCCGAACAUCUGCUAUAAACAGCUGCUCAACUUUGAGUGGAGAAGAUGAGCAAUGAGGACGAGUUUUACGACGCCGUCACAGGCCUGGAUUCAGACGAGUCGUGUGAGGGGUUGUCUGAGGCCAGUUUCAAAGAUGCCCGGGGGUUUGAUUGCAGCACUCAGAAGAACAAUGGAUCAGUACCACAAGAGAACGGCAUCAAGAAACACAGGACAUCUUUACCAGCACCCAUGUAUUCCAGAAACACAGUCAGCAUCUGGAGUAUCCUGAAAAAAUGUAUUGGACUGGAACUGUCCAAGAUCACGAUGCCCAUCGUCUUCAAUGAGCCACUGAGCUUCCUCCAGAGGAUCUCAGAAUAUAUGGAACAUACUUACCUCAUCAACAAGGCCUGCUCACUGUCCAACUCCAUAGAGCGCAUGCAGACGGUAGCUGCUUUCGCCGUGUCAGCAGUUGCGUCUCAGUGGGACCGAACUGGAAAACCCUUCAACCCGCUGCUGGGGGAAACCUUUGAACUCAUCAGAGAGGAUCAGGGUUUCCGGCUGGUGUCAGAGCAGGUGUCCCAUCAUCCUCCAAUCAGUGCCUUCCACGCAGAGAGCCUGUCCGGGGACUUUGUCUUCCAUGGCUCCAUCUAUCCCAAGCUCAAGUACUGGGGGAAGAGUGUUGAGGCAGAGCCAAAAGGAACAAUCACACUAGAACUUCUCAAACACAAUGAGGUGUACACAUGGACUAACCCUUACUGCUGUGUGCAUAACAUCAUCCUGGGCAAACUGUGGAUAGAGCAGUAUGGCUUAGUGGAAAUAGUCAAUCACAGCACCGGGGAGAAGUGUGUGCUGAAUUUUAAGCCAUGUGGCAUGUUUGGCAAAGAGCUGCACAAAGUAGAGGGAUACAUCCAAGACAAGAGUAAAAAGAAGCUCCGCGUAAUCUAUGGGAAGUGGACCGAGUGCAUGUGGAGCGUCGACCCUCAGAGAUAUGAGGCCUACAAAAAGUCAGACAAGAAAGGCGAUAAGUCCAAAAAAAAUGAGUUUGAAAAAGCGGAGAAUGACGAAGCAGACGAUAUGCCUGAAGUCCAGGAAACGGUGACUGUUAUACCAGGAAGCGAUCUGUUGUGGAGGAUAGAGUCCCGGCCAGCACACUCUGCUAAGAUGUACAACUUCACAAACUUUGCAAUGGCUCUCAAUGAGCUGGAGCCUGGAAUGGAAGCCAUCUUGGCUCCCACCGACUGUCGCUUCAGGCCCGACAUCAGAGCCAUGGAGAACGGUCACAUAGACGAGGCGAGCAAAGAGAAGGAGAGACUGGAAGAAAAACAGAGGGCUGCCAGGAAGGAUAGAGCUAAGAAUGAGGAGGAGUGGAGCACUAGGUGGUUCCAGAUGGGCACCAACCCAUACACCGGAUCCCAGGAUUGGAUCUACAGCGGCGGCUACUUUAACAGGAACUACCAGAACAUGCCGGAUAUAUAUUGAUACCCUAUGAGCCAUCUUCUUCCUCCUUCUCCUCCUCUUCUUCCUUGUGUUUAAUUUGCAGUUUUGUUUGUCGGGAGCUCAUAUGACACAGAGAAUUGAUGGAAACGCAUACAGCCACCAUCUCCAUCUCCCUACCGUUUUUCCUCACAGGUUUAUGUGUUUGGGAGGGUUUCCACAGAAACUGUCAUAGGAGAGACUUCCAUCAAAACUGUCUUACUUUCAACAACUUGAAGGGAAUUAAACAUGUGAAAAAGGUCUCCUCUCUGCCCCGACACUAUUCAGAGCACAAAAAUCCCUCAUUUCCAGAGAGCUGGAAGCCCACCGAUCCACAGAGUCACACAUACAGUCUGAAUCUUUUACAUCUUUCCAAUCAAACUCUUUUCUUUUCAGCUGCCAUACCUUUGGCACAGAUGCUUAGGACUUCUGAAUGCAUGUGUGCAUAUAUAAGUGGAAACAUUAACUUGGACGUCGCAAACCUCAUGAUGGAUUUGUGGAUUCAAAUGGACACCCAGUCAACAAGGAAAAUCAGGGAUGUGAAUGUUCCUUUGGCUGAAGACGGAUCAUCUUCACCCUUUUGGAAACUCUAAAAGACUUGAAACACAAAUCAAUGUAGAGAACGUUAUGCUCUUUACAGAACAAAUAUAUACAUCUACUGUUGGUUGGAUCAGCUACAGCGAGUAAUGUCUCCAUCUCAUAACCCUGAAACCCUUUGUUUUUGCUUUUACUCAUCCAAUGACACUGAAGCCGCUUCAAACUGAUUCAAAGCUAACUCUAUGAAAAUGAAGUUUCCUUCUUCCUCUAAGCUGUGGUCUCAUUUUGUCUUUGAGUUUUAUAUUUUACUAACCAGGAAACUUAUAUACAGGCUUCUUUUUGCAGGUCUUAGGGGAAAUAAAAAAACGUAUGCUCGGUUUCUACAUGGUAAACAGAAACAUGAGUAAUCUGGUUUAAAAGGCAAUCCCUGAGAUAUAUCUUAUAAUAUAUUAUAUAAACAACUCUACUGGGCUGUUAUUGGCCUUGAAAUAACUAAAGAUACUUGUGUUUACUUUUAUACCUACAGAUUAUUAUUGGUGGUUUCUGCAUAACAUACUCGGUUCUAAAAAAAAAAAUGAUCUGGAGUUAUCUAUGCUUCAAAAUUCAAUCCUGGAUGACUAAACCGAACCUUUUUUAUACAUAAUUCAAACUACUUUGGGCUGAUGACUGGAGAAAAAUUCUGAAACUUUAAUCCAUUCAUUAGUUAUAAAUGUCGUGUAAAUAUUUCAAACACUUUUUAAUUGUUUAAAUUCAUCCCAGGAGAGUUGGCUUCAUGUGAUUUUUAGUGCAAAGUAGUGAUCUAAUUGGAGACGCUUGCUGCCAUCUGGGAUGAUUAGACUAACUGGCUUUUGGUCGAUGAAUCUCACCUGCAGAAACAUCAUAAUAACCGCUGGUACAACAGAAAGUAAAAAAAAUAACUGAAUGUAGUUCUCCGUCUUCUUCCUGCUACAAAUGUACAUGUCCGUCUGUGCCUUCAGGUCCGUUAUCCAAAAAUGCAUCAGCAGAACCAACAUCCGCCAAAUUAAAGCUCCAGAACUUUUUGGGUUUAAGUGGUCAGACAUGAGCGGCGGGUUAAAAAAGGCUGUAUACAGAAAGAGGUUAACUUUGUCCUGCUUUGUGUGCUGGUAUCACCUCUGUUCUUUAAAGCCACACAUUCCCACAGGAUGACACUCAGCUUGGUAAACCUUUAGUAGAAAAGAUAAUAUCACUCAUACUGGUGUUUAUAUUUUCUCAAAUCUGCUUAAUGGGUUUUUAAACAUUCCUCUGCAUGUGCAUUCAAACAAAAAUAAAAUAAAGCUGUCAGAUGGCCGCUUUUAGAAGCCAUCUUGUUUGUCUGUGUAAAGAGUUAAGAGGGUAAAGCCUCGCCCACUGAGACACUUGCUGUUGGGCUCUUAUUUUGGGAAAAGAAAUGACACUAAAGAGCUUAGCUGAAAUGCUAAGGUGAAUUUUACAUGUUCUACAUCUGAUAGAUGAUUUGUGUUUUUGUUUUGGUUGCAUAUUUUCUUCCAUCUUGUUUGUUUGAAAUCACGUUUCAUCACCAACUAUGCAACGUUUGCACAUCAGCAUGAACACCCCGGCUCUGAUCUGUUUUUGUACAGUUGCUCUGUUUUUUCUCCUGUAACACACACCUAGAGCUUUAUUAGAUCUGCUCACUCAUCUAUAGAUGUCACACCUUCCUCUGAAGUAUUUCCAUACAUGUCAAAUCUCAGCAUCACUUUUCACACUCAUCUAGUUUUAAAUAUGAAAAAUAUGAUUAUUACUUGGAUCUGUUAUGUGUUUUUUUUAAUUCAUGUUUAUUAUUUAUGGAGUUUUGGUUUUAGAUGAUUGUUGCUUAAAAAAAAUGUCAGAAGUGUGGUAUGAGGAUGUCCAAUAAACAUUCAGAUGUG